AAUCAUAACAGGGGACAUGGAAUCAGCCAUGGCAGUGGACCUGAACCCCUGGGUAGAAUAUGAAUUCAGAGUGGUGGCCACCAAUCCAAUUGGGACUGGAGACCCAAGCACUCCAUCUCGAAUGAUCCGCACAAAUGAAGCAGUUCCAAAGACAGCACCUACCAAUGUAAGUGGAAGAAGUGGAAGAAGGCACGAGUUGGUCAUCGCCUGGGAGCCAGUAUCUGAAGAGUUUCAGAAUGGGGAAGGCUUUGGCUAUAUUGUGGCUUUCAGGCCCAAUGGAACACGUGGCUGGAAGGAAAAAAUGGUGACAUCCUCUGAAGCUUCAAAAUUCAUCUAUCGAGAUGAAAGUGUCCCUCCUCUUACCCCCUUUGAAGUGAAGGUUGGCGUUUAUAACAAUAAAGGGGAUGGACCUUUCAGUCAAAUUGUUGUCAUAUGUUCAGCUGAAGGAGAACCCACUGCUGCUCCCACAGAUGUCAAGGCUACAAGUGUAUCUGUGUCAGAGAUUCUUGUUGCAUGGAAACAUAUUAAAGAAAGUCUAGGAAGACCACAGGGAUUUGAGAUUGGUUAUCGGAAAGACAUGGAACAAGAAGAUGCAGCAGAAACCGUCAAAACGAGGGGGAACGAGUCAUCCAUCAUCCUGACAGGGUUAGAAGGAAAUACGUUAUAUCACUUCACAGUGAGGGCUUAUAAUGGAGCUGGAUAUGGGCCACCCAGCAGUGAAGUGAGUGCAGCCACCAAGAAAUCCCCCCCCAGUCAAGCACCUAACAACCUCAGGUGGGAGCAACAGGGCUCUCAGCUUUCUCUGGGCUGGGACCCCGUAAGACCAUUAGCCAAUGAGUCUGAAGUCAUGGGCUACAAGGUUUUUUAUAGGCAAGAGGGUCACAGCAACAGUCAAGUUAUUGAAACGCAGAAACCUCAAGCAGUAGUCCCACUCCCCGAUGCUGGAAUCUAUAUCAUUGAAGUGCGAGCAUAUGGUGAAGGAGGGGAUGGAACCGCUAGCUCCCAAAUCAGGGUCCCAUCAUAUUCAGGUGGGAAAAUCACUAGUGCUCAGUCAGCCCUCCGAACUCUCUCCAUGUCUUCAUCAGUAAUGUUGCUUUUGGCAUUGAUGAUUCCUUCAACCCCUUGGUGAAAACUUCAGACUUAAUUUGAUUUUCUUUGCUUUAGCUUGAUAACUACAGUGAAUAGAGUAGCAAUGUAACUGGAAACUCAGGACCUUGAGAUGAGCGUUAAAAAUGUGGUGCACUUACAGGAGAUUGAGGGGAAUGUUACUUAUCCAUCAGGUUUAUUUUGUUUUGGGUUUUGUAAAUGGAGAGGACAGUUCUUGGUCCAAUAAAAAUAUGCAGAUUGUAUGUAAUGAAUUUUUGUAAAUAAAAGUAAUUUCUGUCAAAUGUAUUCUUUACUUUUUUAGUAUGUUGGAAUUUGAUUUUAUAUCUGAUGACCCUGAGUGUGUGCCAUCCAUUUGUUAAGUAAGUGGUCUCUAGCAGAUCAGUUUCAAACACAAAUACAAAACAGAAUGAAAAAUUCACUUAAUACUCCAAGUCUACUGUUUUUAAUUUUUCCUUCAUCUGACUAUACCAAUCGACAAGCCAGUAGGAGAUAUGAAAAAAUGUUUCAAUUGUGUGGUCAA